ACCGCGCUACGGAGAGAGAGGGUGGACCGCAUAUCCAAAGUCCACCGCGCGACUGAAUCCCGAACCUCGAAAUCAGAUCAAGGCACGAGAAGAUCAUACUUUUCGGAUUGCUCAACUUUUGGAGGUUUCGCAGCCUCUUUGAGAGCUUCCAAAAUGGCCGAAAAGUCUGGUUCACCAAGCCGCAAAAUAUGGCUUGACGGUCUACGUGGUACUGCAGCUCUCAUAGUGGCUUUCUUCCACCUCACCACUGGCAGUCUCGCAAUGCCGUAUCGUUCGUUCUGGGAUUCGCCAGCGUCCGAAAAUCGUCAUUUCAUCCAAAUCGCACCGUUGCGCGUUAUCAUCGCCGGUCAAGCCAUGGUGGACAUUUUUUUUGUAGUCUCCGGCUACUCCAUCUCGACUGGACUCAUCAAACUUCGCAACGAAGGCUCCAUGACGGAUUUCUACCGAAAAUUGACAAGCAGCGUGGUUCGAAGGAUAUUUCGACUGAGCUUCCCAGUUGUAGUCAUGAUGCUGAUCAGCCAUGUGCUAUUCUACGGCGGGACUUAUGCUCUCGAGUUUGGAGAAGGACAGGGCUGUCCAGAGGCAAAACCUUGGGGCUCGCCUAUACCCCACAUAGAGUGUUUAGUGCGGUCUUUUGUUUCUAUUGUGAACUUGCAGAGUAGCCAGGACAUGACGCUCAACAACCACUUCUGGACCAUCCCAGUAGAGAUUCGUGGGUCUAUGAAGGUCUACUUGGCUCUUCUUGGACUCUCGACCGUCGGCGAGAAAGCGCGGCUCAUGGUCUUGGGACUACUAGUUGUCAGAUUCGGAUGGAACGGCAACCCGGAGUUCUUAGCUUUCUUCGCGGGCUUGCUAUAUGCUGAGCUUGAUGCUAGGCGCAAGCAUCAUGAACUUCAGUUGACAUCUCCACUGUCAAGCUGGAGCAACAAAGAUUACCUCGUUCCCAAAGCUAGCCGGACUCGACUGGUCACUGCUCUUCGUUAUUUCGUCUUUGCUUUGGGAUUCUAUCUCAUUUGUCUCCCGGUCCCGAUGUGGCAUGAAGGCGAUAUCACCCCUACUUUCUCCCCAGAUUGGAACUUUCUCACAAUAAUUCCACCGCUUCCUUGGUGGGAUUGGGAGAUCAAGAUGCGGACCUGGCAUACCAUUGGCGCGAUCGUAAUUGUUGGCGGCAUGCGUCACUUACCUCGUAUACGGGCACCUUUUGAGUGGAAAGCGGCGCAGUUUCUGGGUCAUAUCUCGUUCAGUUUGUAUCUAUGCCAUCAAACUGUGUACAGAAUCAUGUUGAACAGGUUGCUGAGUUGGACUAGUCUAGGCUUGAGUGGUUUGGACUACUGGGGCGCGAAGUAUCAGGGGCGAGAUGGAAUUGUGUUCGCAGCUUGGGUGAUAUCAACUGCUGCGAUUGGUGUGGUGACAAUUAUGUUUAGCCGGUAUCUAGCAAACUCAGUUGAUCAGCGAAGUGUUAGCAUUGGAUUUCGUGUUGAGAAGUUCUUAGUUAGGAUGUAG